AACCAAUCUGCGGGCUCCUGACCCCUUCGUUCCGUCAGCUUGGUUGAUAAUUGUACCGCCGAGUUCAGUUGCCAGUUGUUCGUGGUGUCCUUCAGUGCCCUAACUACGUGAGGAACGUUACCGUGAUAUUUUGAUUAUCAAGAGACAUGGCUCGUACCAAGCAGACAGCCCGUAAAUCAACGGGAGGAAAAGCACCCCGUAAACAACUUGCUACUAAAGCCGCACGUAAAAGCGCACCUUCUACUGGAGGAGUGAAAAAACCCCAUCGAUACAGGCCAGGAACUGUCGCUCUUCGUGAAAUCAGAAGAUAUCAGAAAUCUACGGAGUUGCUGAUCAGAAAAUUACCAUUCCAGCGUUUGGUUCGUGAAAUCGCACAGGAUUUCAAGACCGAUCUUCGUUUUCAAAGCGCAGCAAUCGGAGCCCUACAAGAAGCAUCGGAAGCUUAUCUAGUCGGCCUUUUUGAAGAUACCAACUUGUGCGCUAUCCACGCCAAGCGGGUCACCAUUAUGCCCAAGGAUAUCCAGUUGGCUCGGCGAAUCCGUGGUGAACGUGCUUAAGCUCUAACUUUAACUUUCCAACAUUAUAAAUGUUUUCACUGCAUUGUAACUAUCUGUUUCCAAACAUUGAAGUUCAACUUUAUCGCGAUAAAAAUCUGUAAUAUUGAUAAUAGUUAAUAUUACUCACUAAAUUUCUCUGAUUUUUUUUGAAGAUAUCUACUAACUGUUCACAGUUUAAAACUAGUAACUCACAAUAGAUCUUAGCGCAUAUCCAAGCGUAGAAAAAUAUGUAGAGCGUAUCAUUUUUAAGUUGUUUUUACAAACGUCUAUAAACUUCGAAAGCAAAACAUAGUGUUCUUGUGUUAGUUUAGUUACAUUAUAUCGUCAUAUAAUCUAGGAGUCCUAAAUGUAUUAGUUAUAAGUUAAGAAGUGUUUUAAAUGCCUCAAAUUAUGUUCUCUUAUCGCAGUGAACAUGUUUUGUGAGUAGAUCAAUCUUUAAAAUGAUAAUAAUUAGACCCAUUCGUAAUUUCUUUGUAUUAAAAUUCUAUUUAAGAAAAUGAAAAAGUAAUUCACUUCAAUUAUCAAAGUAUGAAUGUCAACUACUUUUCGUUGAUGAACAAAAUUUUGCUUCAAAGAAAAAAGAAGAAAAACAAAGGGGUCUCGCUAUAAGAGAAUACAAUUUGGAAGCAGUAGCUGGUAUAAAUAUAUUACACAUUAUGCAACAACAUUAUUAAUAUGUGUAGAAUAAUUUAAGAUACAUAUAAAAUUAUGAUUACGUAAAA